GUUUUGGUUUGGUUGGCGUUGGAUGAGGAAACCAUAUGUCCCAGAUCUGAGCUUACAACCCCAGUCAUAGAUGUUGCUUUUGGAGAAGAAUGGAGUACUCCUAACCUUAAUGUUCCACUAUCACCAAAAAAGGUUGUCCGUGCUGCAAUGCUGAAGAGUACUUUGCGGAUACUAUUCUGAAAGCUCAACAGAAAAGUCUACUUGAUCAAGGUAAUAGAAGUGAUCUACUGAAGAUGCAACAAGAAAAGGCGAGAUUAGAGUGGAAGUAGCGUGAAGUGACAACAAUACAUAGACGCAGUAAAAAUGUUUAUGGGGUUGAUCCGCCGGGCAAAGCUUGUGUUAGCAGUGAUUUUGGUGCAGCUCGGGUAUGCUGGGCUUUCGAUAAUCUCAAUGUUUUCUCUAAAGAAGGGAAUGAGUCCUUCCACAUUCAUCGUGUACCGAAUGGCCAUUGCUACUAUUGUUCUAGCUCCAUUUGCAUUCAUUUUGGAGAGGAAUUCAAGACCUCCGAUGACUUGGUCCAUCAUUGCAAAGAUAAUGUUGCUGAGCCUUUUCGACCCUGUGCUUGACCAGAACCUGUACUACAUGGGAAUGAAGAAUUCGAGUGCAACAUUCACUUCUGCAAUGUGCAAUAUGCUGCCUGAAUAUUGUCUGGCCUGGAGUUUUAGGUUUGAGAAGGUUAGCCUUAAGAAACUGCACAGCAUAGCAAAGGUGAUGGGGCCGGUCAUCACAGUCGGGGGAGCAAUUGUCUUGACUCUAGCAAUUAUCUUAAGAUCCUACCCUUGUCAGCUCUCUCUCACAGCAAUGAUAUGCUUUUGGGGUAUGGUGGAAGGAGCAAUACUGGCUUUUGUAGUUGAAAGGGGACAAAGUGGAGUCUGGUCCAUACAAUUCAACAUCAAACUUGUAGCAGCAUUUUAUGGGGCAAUGCAAUCUGUUGUUGCUUAUUAUGUGAUGGGAAUGGUAGUGAAGGAAAAGGGACCUGUUUUUUACUCGGCUUUUAAUCCCUUGGCCACAGUAAUGGUUGCAAUCCUGGGUUCCUUUGUUUUAGCAGAACAAUUGUACCUUGGGAGUGUUAUCGGAGCUGCUGUAAUCAUCAUUGGUCUGUAUCUCAUUCUCUGGGGAAAAGCAAAGGACCAGUCUCCUCCAUCACAGUGCUGAAUUAUCGAUGAAGUAGCACCAUAAACACAAAGAUAUAUA